CGGCUACCAACGGUAUGACGUAGCGCUUCGAUGCUCAAACAACACCAGCAAGAAACAGCAGCAUCGCUCCAAGUUCGUAUACAAAGCCGCCAAUUAGAGCGACAAAGGCCUCUAGAUCGAGAUCCUCAGUACGCAUGUCCACGUCUCAGCCAGUCGCUCGUCUUCGUUGUGACGUUCAUCGAUCGCCUUCAGUCAUGCGCACCUUCUGAAAGGGUGUUUGUUCCAGACUGUCAGUUGCACUGAAAUCGCUGGAAGCAACAAGCAUGACGUACCUGCUGUUCAAGGGCUGUGGCCCAUGAGCCCGAGGUGUACUUAAACACUCACGUCUUCCUCCAUUUCCAGCUCUCCAUCAGCACCUGCAAUCAGCUCCUACACCUACAAAGCCACUUCCACACGAAACCAACCACCCACUCAAAAUACACCAACAUGUCUGACGCCGGCCGCAAGGAUUUCCACACCAAGCUCGGUGAGGGUCUUACUCCCGACUCUACCAAGUCCACCCAACAGAAGAUGAAGGAGACCGUGACCGACACCGGUGACAAGUUCGCCCGCGGCGUCCAGCCCGACCACGAGAAGUCUCUCGGUCAGGAGGCCACCGACAAGGUCGGCCGCAGCCACGACCGCACCGCCCACGGCUCUUCCGGCGGCUCCAUCCUCGACAAGGGCAAGCACGCUCUUGGCCUCGACAAGCACUAGAUGCUAUGACUGUAUGAUGAUACGAUAGGGACGUCGGGGGCUGUUGGCGACGACCUAGGUUUAUGAAGUAGAAUGAUACCAAGCCCAUUGGCUAGCUG